CAGGGCCAAGGCGGGGCGCGCGGAGCAAAGAGCGCGCGGCUGGGGGAGCGCGCCAGGGAGAGACCCCCCGAGUCUCGGGGCUCCCGAUCUCCACUUUGGGGGUGCCUGCCAGUCUUUCCAGACGCGAUCCAGUUUGAGGAAUGGGGUCCUGGCUCUGAGCCCCAACCUGUGACCCGGCCAGCGUGAGUUCCUGCAGGGAUGCCGACGAACCAGCACAAGCCUGAGUCCUCAGAGAUGGAGCCUGACUCGUCCCCCAGUGUGGGCCUCAGGGACCUGAGCAGAGGCGGCAGCCUGGAGAGUCGCAGCAGCAGCUCGCGUUCCAGAAGCUUCACUCUGGACGAUGAGAGCCUACGGCACCUCACGCACGAGGAGAAGGAUGUGCUCCAGUUCUUCGAGGACACCAUCGACUCCCUGGAGGAGGACCUGGAGGAGCAGGAGCUUGGCGACAAUGGGGCGCCUGGCCGGUCACCCCCUCACUCUGGGCAGGGGAGUGCUGGUGACCACGUCCCAUCUGAUGCAGCCUUCAUCGAUCUGGUGUCCCUGGAACCCAUGGCGGAGGGAGAGGCUGAGCCCCUCCCAGAUGCAGUGGUGCAGGCCGAAGGGGCUGCAUCUGUCAAGAAACAUGAAGCUGCCCUGAAUUCCGGGGUUCCAGACCCCCCUGAGGAGGCCCAGCCGGCUCCCAGUAGCCCCGAGGCCCUACCACCAGCCUCGGCUGACGCUGGAGCCCCCAGCAGCCCUCGCCGAGAGCUGCUUUCCCCCACUGCACCCGCUGAGCACCCCAAACUGGCCCGCUCCGUGCCCACCCCGCUGGUCUUGGCGCAGCAGAUUUCUGAGAAGCUGAGUGGAGACGAGGCCCUUUCGCCCACGUCCCCCUGGAGGGAAGGCAGGAGGACCCCGACUUUCCCGGCCCCCCGGCUGGGUGAGCCCCUCUUGGGGGGAUCCAGAUCCGCAACCCUGCCAGCCCCCAAGCUUCACCGCUUCCCCAGCAAUAUCAGUGUCACCAACUGUGCGGGCCGGGACUUCAGCCAGACCAUCUCCAAGGCUGCUGUGAGCGUGCAAGAGCGCAAGGCCCGCGUCUUGGCCAACAUCAAUGGCGUGGCCUUCCCCAGCACAGGGAGCCUGGGGGACAGGGCCAGUACCAGUGACACAGUUGAGCGUGUGGUGCGUGAGCCCGCUCAGGACCCCUUGAGCCGGCAGCAGUCCCGAGCAGUGCAGACGGACCAGCCACCCACCUGGGCCAACGGCUUCCAGAGCCUCCAUGAGGUGCUGAGGAGCGAGCCAGCACCCUUCGUGUCCACAGGCAAGACUGUCACCUUUCGGCCCGAGUCCUCGGCCAGCAGCAGCAGGCUGGCCCGGCAGCAGGCUGGUGGGAGCAUGUACGAGCCCCGGCCACCUACCCUGGGCACCGAUGCCACCCGGCCACGGUCUGGGUCCCUGCCCCGGGCUGUGGGCUUCCGACCCCAGGGCAUCACUGUGCAGUUCUCGGGCCGGGGUUCCACGGAGGAGGCUCGGCGGGAGGCUUUGAGGAAGCUGGGGCUGCUGAAGGAGCACCUGUAGGGAGGAGGGAGACUGGUUGGCAUGGGCU